UCGCAGGGUCUCCUCACAGUCUCUGCAGGUCUCUCUCUCUCCGUGGCUGGAUUUGGUCUGAUGGGGAACGACGCAGAGUAUCAGCCUUGCCCCAUGUCCCCCAAGAAUCUAGUGGGGGAAAUAAGGAAGAAGCGGAACUUGGGUUUUGUUGUAGCCAUCUCCGUCCUGUCCAUCCUCUUCCUCACUUUCAUGGUGUUAUACCUGGUGCAAGAGCCUUCGGACCCAGCCAAGCGGCUGCAGGAAUGCCAAACAAAAGUCCAGAACCAGUCUUUUGAAGCGCAGGCCCAAAUCGCAUCCCUCAGACAGCGCGUGGAAGAGACUCAGGAGGCAGCAAAGAAGGAGUCCGGAGUCUGGAACCACAAGCUGGAGGCCCUGAACACAACGCUGGCAGAGACGCAGAACCAGCUGAGUGCCUUGCAAGACAACUUCACAUCCUCGGAGGCCAGAGUGCGCUCUCAGAAAGAGGAAAUUAAAAACCUUCAGCAGCAGCUCACCGAGAAGUCCGAGCAGCUGGCAGAUGAACAGCACAAGAUUCAAGAAGAACGAAAGCGCUACCAAGCCGAAAUCCAGCAGCUGAAGCAGCAGCAGGAGCAGAAGCAGCGGGACGGUGGCAGCAGGGACUUCGCUGGCCCCGGCGUCGCUCUCCUCACCAUCCUUAUUGCAGGAUUGCUGAGCGUGUAGCUCCCUGGAAGUCUGCUGUCACCUGGAGGCCAGCCAGCGAUUUCCCUUGCACUGCAGUGGUGGGGGGGGGGGGUCAGGGGCUCUGCCUACCUCUCUGCAUAACCCCGCCUCCUCAUUGGCGCUCUUUUUGUAGACACACAACUCUUUCUUCUACUGGACAAAGCAGUCUUCUUGACUCCGAUGGCCUCUGCAGGGUCUCCCAUCACCUGCGCUCUUCUGGAAAGAGCCAGUUUGGUGUAAUGGUUAAGUGCUCCGACUCUUAUCUGGGAGUAGUACAAGUAGCAGUCACGUUGCACCUUUUAAGACCAAUGGAAUGAUGUUAAAAAGUAAAUUAGGUGGACAAGAACUAGGAAAUACAUGUCCUUUUGUUUAACCCAGAGUUUCAGCAACGGCAACUAACAGGCAACAUUUAUUACCUCUUAUUGCUAUCCAGACCAAAAUGGUCUUCCAAUUUAUUACACUAUUUUGCCAUUUGAUUCACUGCCACAGGAGAUGGUGGCGGCUGCAAGCAUAGCCACCUUCAAGAGGGGGUUAGAUAAAAACAUGGAGCAGAGGUCCAUCAGUGGCUAUUAGCCACAGUGUGUGUGUGUAUUUUGGCCACUGUGUGACACAGAGUGUUGGACUGGAUGGGCCGCUGGCCUGAUACAACAUGGCUUCUUCUUAUGUCUGGGGCAGUGAUGCUCUGUAUUCUUGGUGCUUGGGGGAGAGGGACAGUGGGAGGGCUUCUAGUGUCCUGGCCCCACUGAUGGACCUCCUGAUGGCACCUGGGUUUUUUGGCCACUGUGUGACACAGAGUGUUGCCAAGUCUGUGUUAACUCUGGUCAAGCCUGGCCUCAAUCUUUGGUUCAGGAAAGAAGCAUCCUGGGUAAAGCCAUACUGUACGCCAAUGCUGCUAGCUUGAACUCUCCUCACCCCCCUCCUUUUCUUUGUUAUGUAGUUUUGCUUUGAAAUGGGAAUAUGUGAAAGAGAUUGUAGCGCCUUCUCAGGCCGGGCAUCGGGGGAGGUUGGCGACGCUCAAGGCCAAAGCCGGCCUGAGAACGAAAUUGUAACAUCAAUGUGUGAAUGUGCCCUGCAUAGUACCCCUCCCUCAAGAAUCCUUUUGAAGUGUACCUUAUAUGAUUGCAUUUUACUGUAUGAUCUUUAGUCUUUCAAUCUCCUCGUAGUCGAGAACUAUGAUAUCAAUAAACUAGUUACUUUGUAUCAACAAA